UGGAAUGUUAACUUCGCACUUGGCCGAUGUGCGCCUAACUUCCGAUUGAUUGUCCGCACAAGCCUCUUACACAAGUGUGAAAGAGACAAAAUGAGGCUGACAAUAGUGGAGUGGAAACGAGACGAAGGAUAAACUGGUUCGUAUUGUAAUACUGAUAACACGAGUAUAGGAACGAGGUAGGGAGAUCUCAGGCCGGCCUGUCGUUGUGCACAGCUCGACAGCGCCGGACUAUUUACAGCCGGCUAAACUAUAAAACACGUGGUCCGUGUGAACCUUUAAAUCAAAAAUGUCACAAGAAGAUUUAAGUUGCGAAGUGGGUGGUCCGUGCAGUCUGGUGCUCAGCGAUGGGUCCGUAUUCCACGGCAGGAGCUUCGGCGCGCUGCUGCCCGCGGAGGGUGAAGUUGUAUUUCAGACCGGCAUGGUGGGCUACCCUGAGUCGCUGACCGACCCGUCGUAUCACGCGCAGCUGCUGGUGUUGACCUACCCGCUGGUGGGCAACUACGGGGUCCCCGAGGAAGCUGAGUGCGAUGAACACGGUUUGCCAAGGUGGUUCGAGUCAAGUCGCAUUUGGGCAGCUGGCCUGAUUGUCGGAGAAAUAAGUAAACACGCAAGUCACUGGCGCGCCAAGAAAUCCCUGGGUUCCUGGUUAGCUUCGUACAAUAUCCCUGGGCUCUGUGACGUUGACACCAGGGCACUGACAUGCCGGCUGCGAGAGGGCGUGACUUUGGGCAGAAUUAUACAAGGGCCGGUCCCGUCUGCCCUGCCGCCGCUUUCUGAUCCCAAUAAGAGGAAUUUAGUGGCAGAAGUAUCCGUCAAGGCUGAGAAAAUAUACAAUACCAAUGGUGACGUGUCGAUUAUGGCUGUAGACUGUGGCCUAAAAUACAAUCAAAUAAGAUGUUUGAUUAAAAGGAACGCCAAAGUAACCGUAGUGCCGUGGAACCAUAAGCUCGAUCCACAAAAUUAUGAUGGAUUAUUCAUAAGCAAUGGCCCAGGCGAUCCAGAUGUUUGCAAAAGUGUUGUUGAAAAUAUUCGCAGUGUUGUCAAAUCCGUCAACGUAAAACCAAUUUUUGGAAUUUGUCUCGGUCAUCAACUACUUUCAACUGCUGUUGGAUGCAAAACAUUCAAAAUGAGGUAUGGCAACCGUGGACAUAAUUUGCCCUGUACACACAGCGAAACAGGAAGAUGUUUUAUGACAUCGCAGAACCACGGCUUCGCUGUAGAUAGCAGUACUUUACCACAAGAUUGGAAAACCCUAUUUACCAACGAGAAUGAUAAAACUAAUGAAGGCAUCAUACAUGAAUCCAAGCCUUUCUUCAGUGUACAAUUCCACCCAGAACACACUGCAGGACCCACCGAUCUGGAAUGUCUAUUUGACAUAUUUAUUGACUCAGUAAAAGCUUUCAAAUCAAAGCAACCGUGCGUUGUCAAUAAGAUGAUUACCGACAAAUUAACAUUUACUCCUACUAUAAAUGAACGACCAAAAAAGGUUCUCAUUCUGGGUUCUGGGGGUUUGUCUAUCGGCCAAGCCGGAGAAUUCGAUUAUUCAGGCUCUCAAGGCGUCAAAGCUAUGCAAGAAGAAAAGAUUCAAACGGUGCUAAUCAAUCCCAAUAUUGCAACAGUGCAAACAUCUAAAGGAUUAGCUGACAAAGUUUACUUUUUGCCUAUCACUCCCGAAUAUGUAGAACAGGUUAUUAAAGCAGAACGUCCGACGGGCGUUUUGCUUACCUUUGGAGGACAGACUGCACUGAACUGCGGCGUACAGCUCCAAAAAUCUAAAGUUUUUGAGAAGUACAACGUAAAAGUUUUGGGAACACCCAUACAAUCCAUAAUAGACACAGAAGACCGAAAGAUUUUUGCUGAAAAAAUCAAUGCGAUUGGUGAAAAAGUGGCCCCAAGUGCAGCCGUAUUUUCUGUGGAGGAAGCAGUGUCGGCGGCUCUUCAAAUAGGAUACCCUGUGAUGGCGCGCGCUGCAUUUUCAUUAGGUGGCUUGGGAUCAGGAUUUGCCAACAACGAGGAAGAGCUAAGAGCCCUAGCACAUCAAGCUUUCUCACAUUCUGAUCAACUAAUAAUAGACAAGUCUCUCAAGGGAUGGAAAGAAGUCGAAUAUGAGGUGGUUCGCGAUGCUUAUGAUAAUUGCAUUACAGUGUGCAAUAUGGAGAACGUGGAUCCAUUAGGAAUACACACGGGAGAGUCCAUAGUUGUUGCGCCGAGUCAAACUCUCUCGAAUCGGGAAUAUUAUAUGCUAAGGAAUACUGCUUUGAAAGUAAUAAGACAUUUCGGCAUUGUUGGAGAGUGCAACAUACAAUAUGCUCUUAAUCCUCUUUCUGAAGAAUUCUACAUAAUAGAAGUCAAUGCUAGGCUCUCGAGAAGUUCAGCUUUGGCGAGUAAAGCUACGGGUUAUCCAUUGGCAUAUGUUGCAGCGAAAUUGGCCCUCAGCAUUCCUCUGCCAGAAAUAAAGAACUCAGUGACAAAAGUAACCACAGCUUGUUUCGAACCAAGUUUAGAUUAUUGUGUUGUUAAAAUACCAAGAUGGGACCUGGCAAAGUUUACAAGAGUCAGUACCAAAAUUGGAAGUUCUAUGAAAAGUGUUGGAGAGGUUAUGUCUAUUGGAAGAAACUUUGAAGAAGCGUUUCAAAAAGCGUUACGUAUGGUUGAUGAAAAUGUUAAUGGGUUUGACCCCAACAUAAAAGAAGUGAAUGAAAAUGAACUGAGGGAGCCCACAGAUAAGCGAAUGUUUGUUUUAGCAGCUGCUCUUAAAAAUAAUUACACCGUAGAAAAACUGUAUCAACUGACACAAAUUGAUAGAUGGUUUUUAGAAAAGUUUAAAAAUAUUAUUAACUUUUAUAAUACCCUUGAGCGCGUCAACCAUAGCUCUAUAACACCAGAUAUGAUAAAAAGUGCUAAGCAAAUCGGAUUUUCUGAUAAACAAAUCGCUAAUGCUAUUAAAAGUACAGAAUUAGCUGUUAGAAAACUAAGAGAAGAGUUCAAAAUAACACCGUUUGUUAAAAAAAUUGAUACAGUAGCUGCUGAGUGGCCAGCAUCGACAAAUUACUUGUACCUUACUUACAACGGGACCCAGCACGAUUUAGAGUUUCCAGGAGGGUUUACUAUGGUGUUGGGAUCAGGUGUGUACAGAAUUGGAAGUUCUGUUGAAUUCGAUUGGUGCGCAGUGGGCUGCCUUAGAGAACUGCGAAAUCAGGGCAAAAAGACUAUUAUGGUUAAUUAUAAUCCUGAAACCGUUAGUACUGACUAUGACAUGAGUGACCGAUUAUAUUUCGAAGAAAUAUCAUUUGAGGUUGUUAUGGAUAUAUACAACAUAGAGCAACCGGAUGGCAUUGUACUAUCAAUGGGAGGACAACUUCCAAAUAACAUUGCUAUGGAUUUACAUCGACAACAAGCAAAAAUAUUAGGAACUUCACCAGACAUGAUAGACAACGCUGAAAACAGAUUUAAAUUUUCUCGGAUGCUAGAUCGCAAAAACAUAUUGCAACCACGGUGGAAAGAACUCACAGACUUAGAAUCUGCUACAGAAUUUUGUGAUGAAGUUGGCUAUCCUUGUUUAGUCAGACCUUCUUAUGUGCUCAGUGGAGCUGCUAUGAAUGUAGCAUAUUCUAAUCAAGAUUUGGAAGCUUAUCUCAAAUCAGCUAGCAAAGUGAGCAAGGAUCACCCUGUAGUUAUUUCGAAAUUCAUUAUGGAUGCAAAGGAGAUUGAUGUUGAUGCUGUCGCUGCUGAUGGUGUUAUUGUAUGUAUGGCUGUAUCCGAACAUGUAGAAAAUGCUGGAGUUCAUUCUGGUGAUGCCACAUUAGUAACCCCACCACAAGACAUAAACAACGAAACGCUAGACAAAAUCAAAGAGAUCGCGGGCAUUGUUGCGGAAACGCUUGAUGUUAGCGGUCCUUUUAAUAUGCAAUUGAUAGCCAAAGAUAAUGACCUCAAAGUUAUCGAAUGUAAUGUAAGAGUUUCUAGGUCAUUCCCGUUUGUAUCUAAAACAUUAGACCAUGAUUUCGUGGCGACGGCAACUAAAGUUAUUCUUGGAAUGCUAGUAGAACCUCUUGACGUCUUGAGUGGUGUUGGAAAAGUGGGUGUAAAAGUACCACAGUUUUCUUUCUCUCGAUUGGCUGGAGCAGAUGUUACACUGGGAGUAGAGAUGGCAUCUACGGGUGAAGUUGCUUGCUUCGGUGAAAACCGCUACGAAGCUUAUCUGAAAUCCCUUAUGAGCACAGGUUUCAGAAUACCUAAAAAAGCCAUAUUGCUAUCAGUCGGGACUUUCAAGCACAAAAUGGAGUUAUUACCCAGCGUACGAACCUUACACAGAAUGGGAUACAAACUAUAUGCCAGUAUGGGUACCGGUGACUUUUACACGGAGCACGGAGUAGAGGUUGAAAGUGUGCAGUGGACUUUUGAUCACAUUGGUGACCCAGAAGACGAUCGCUCAGAUGGCGAACUGAUGCACUUAGCAGAUUUUAUGGCGAGGCGUCAACUAGACCUUGUGAUUAACUUACCCAUGAGAGGAGGCUGUCGUCGGGUGUCAUCCUUUACCACACAUGGAUAUCGUACGCGCCGUUUAGCAGUCGAUUAUGCCGUGCCAUUGGUAACGGAUGUUAAAUGUGCAAAACUUUUAGUACAGGCGAUGAUGAAGUGUGGUGGCAUACCACUAAUGAAAACUCACACUGACUGCAUGACUUCACGCAACAUUAUAAAGUUACCUGGUUUCAUUGAUGUACAUGUCCAUGCCCGUGAACCUGGAGCAACGUAUAAAGAAGACUUCGCUUCCUGCACGGCUGCUGCCCUUGCUGGUGGAGUCACUAUGAUCUGUGCUAUGCCGAACACAAAUCCACCAGUCAUUGAUAAAGCGUCUUACGAUUACACCGCUGCAUUGACUCGUGUCAGUGCUCGUUGUGACUACGCUCUCUUCAUGGGCGCUUCAACCUCAAACUGUGACACUGUAGCGGAAAUGGCUCCUCAAGCGGCCGCCCUAAAGAUGUAUUUAAAUGAAACAUUCACCACAUUAAAGUUGGACGAUAUGACGGUAUGGCAAAAACAUUUACAAAAUUGGCCAAAGAAAAUGCCCGUCUGCGCUCACGCGGAACGCGAAAAAACCGGAGCAAUUAUUCUUAUGGCAUCUUUGUUGGAUCGCCCCAUUCAUAUUUGUCAUGUGGCACGUAAAGAAGAAAUUUCAAUUAUAAGGGCAGCUAAGGAAAGAGGGUUAAAAGUAACAUGUGAAGUCUGCCCACACCAUUUGUUUUUGAGUACGGAUGACAUUGACAGAAUAGGAAAAGGUCGUGCUGAAGUGCGGCCAGUGCUUUGCAGUCCUGAAGACCAAGCAGAACUUUGGAAAAAUAUGGACAUGAUUGAUGUUUUCGCAACCGAUCACGCUCCUCAUGCUGUUGCAGAAAAAAACGCAGAGAAACCUUUACCGGGAUACCCGGGCUUAGAGACCAUUUUACCUCUAUUGUUAAAUGCUGUACAUCAAGGACGACUCACAAUCGAGGACAUAAUUAAUAAGUUCCACAGAAAUCCGAGAAAAAUAUUUAACUUGCCCGAGCAACCUAAUACUUACGUUGAAGUUGACAUGGAUUACGAAUGGACGAUUCCAAAUAGCAUGGAAUUUACGAAAUCAAAAUGGACUCCGUUCGCUGGUAUGCAAGUUUGUGGGGCGGUCCAUCGCGUCACCUUGCGUGGUGAAAUUGCAUAUGUGGAAGGUCAAGUUCUCGUUCCACCAGGUUUUGGUCAAAAUGUCCGUGAUUGGCCAGCACCGAAAAAACAAUCCUUCCCAGUCUUUGCCAUUGAAAAACCGGAAAAAGAACAAAGCAGACCGAGUUCUGCACUUGAUUUUUAUAGCUCUGCUGAUUUCAGUCGAUUGAGUGACCUUGACAUGGAGCAAAUGGAACCUAAGCCAGAAGGAAAAUUAAAUGUGCACUUUGAAGCACAUAGAGGCGCUUCGCCUCUGCCUGGACAAGAACGCUUGACUUCAAAACGAGAAAGAUGUGAUAGUUCAUCUUAUUAUAAUCCUCCACAAGUAUCCGUUUCACAGCGGCAAAGAAGUGAUCUGUUUGGCAAGAGUAUUCUGACUGUAGACUCGUUUGGCAAAGAAACUCUCAACGACAUAUUUAAUCUUGCUCAGUUUAUGAAAACAAGUGUCAGCAAGGGACGCUACUUGGACGAUAUUCUGCGAGGAAAAGUCAUGUCUUCGAUAUUCUACGAAGUAAGCACUCGUACCAGUUGCAGUUUUGCGGCAGCCAUGCAACGACUGGGUGGUUCUGUCAUACACACUGACGCGACAAGCUCUUCAGCUAAAAAAGGAGAGACGUUAGAAGACAGUGUUGCAGUUAUGUCCAGUUACUCUGACGUAGUAGUACUCCGACAUCCGGAACCUGGAGCAGUUGCUCGUGCCUCACGCCAUUGCCGAAAACCUGUAAUCAAUGCUGGAGAUGGAGUGGGAGAACAUCCCACACAAGCAUUACUAGAUGUAUUCACCAUCCGAGAAGAAAUUGGUACAGUCAAUGGACUCACUAUAACUAUGGUUGGGGACCUUAAAAAUGGGCGCACAGUACAUUCGCUAGCCCGAUUACUUACACUAUAUCAAGUCAAUUUGCAGUAUGUUAGUCCACCAGGCCUUGGAAUGCCAAAACAUAUAACAGAUUACGUUGCGUCCAAGGGAAUACCCCAAAAAGUAUUUGAACGCUUAGAAGAUGUACUGGCAGAUACGCACGUCUUAUAUAUGACGAGAAUACAACGAGAGAGAUUCGAAAGCCAAGAGGAGUAUGAGAAGGCUCGAGGACUGUUGGUGGUGACGCCGCACCUGAUGACGCGCGCACGCCGACGCAUGGUGGUGAUGCACCCGUUGCCGCGCCUCGACGAGAUCUCGGCGGAGUUCGACUCGGACCCGCGCGCGGCGUACUUCCGCCAGGCCGAGUACGGCAUGUACGUGCGCAUGGCGUUGCUGUCCAUGGUUGCUGGCGUCAACCCCCUAGUGUAGAUUAGCUGUAGUGUGGCUGUGUAGAUGUAAUUUAGAUAAAAGUAUCAAUUGACGCAGUGACGAAUUUUUUUGUAGAGUACCUAGAGUAUGCCCCUAGUACAUAGUUAAUCUUCGGAGCUACUUGUACCAAGAAUAUUAAUCUUCGAAACUUGGAGUGAAGAAGUUUAUCCCAAAGUAAAAAGAAAAAUAUAUGAAUAGGUAUGUAGGUAUACUUCGCUGUACAUAUUUAAAAACCGAACAAAUGCGAGUCGGACUUGCCCAACGAGACAUCCACCGUGUAACUUAGUUUUGAUUUAUUUUUAACAAAUUUAUAGUUAUGAGAUAUUUUCCUGUACUUGUAGUGUGAUUUCAUAGUUCUAUAUAGGUCAAUGGGAAGUAAGUGUCGAAAUAAACAUUCAUUGUUAAUUUAAAAGUUUGAUUUUUUCACAGCUUCAAGGGACUGGGACUGGGACCUGAGUUUAUGGUUUGAAUAUUUUAUGGGUUGGUUUUAUAUGGUAUUAAUUUUAACUCGCCACGCGUUCCCAAGAUAAAGGGUCAAGACUGAAGACUGACAGAUGGACUGAUAACAAAGUGAUCCUAUACGGGUUCAGUUUUUUUUCCUUUUGGCGCGCGGAACCCUAAAAGUGAUCGGGUUGCAUUUUUUCCUUUUGAGGUGUCACAUCACAGAAUUUCUAACAAUGUUUUGUGACGUGAAAUGUGAGUAGGUUUGAAACAUCUUUAAACCUCGUAGGGUCCAGAUCCAAACCCAGAUUUAACGAGAAGUAUUAUGGCGCGGUGGCUCAUGUCUCUGUAACUAUAAUAUGCAAAAAAUUUAUAUCGAUGUUUAGGGAAAAUAAGCCAUUACUCGGAAUUGAAUGUACCUGACAGAGAUGGCGUUGAUUUUGCACUAGAAACGACGGAUUCGGUGUUUAAUUAAUGGAUGGAUUAAAAGUGGUGUCUUCUGAUAGAGCUUACUAAAUAAUCCAAAAAUAAAAUACGGGGGAUUCUAACAAACUGUAAAAAUUAAAAAUAUGGAAUUUUUCACAAAUAUUUUUGAUGACCGGUCUGGCCUAGUUCUAAUGAAGAAGAAUAAAAACUUAACAUUAUUUCAGAAUUAACCUUUACUUAAAUAAUAUUGGUUUGUCAUGGGCGACACUUUCACCAGAGCCUCAAGUAAACAAACAAACCAAGUAAGUAGUCGGUCAAAAAAUCAACAACAAAGUCCGAAUGAUGGACUAUUACUAGUACACUCUGCGAAGUAAAUCAUCAUAAAUAAAUAUUAUUAUAGGACCAUUGUGUGUGUGUAGAAGUUAUUAAUUAAAACCAUAUACUCAGGUUCUUGAAGCUUUGAAAAAUCAAAUUUGUAACUGUCGGUUUGCCGCAAAAAAUAUGUAUUUCGUUUUCACAAGGGAAUUAAAAUUUAUAGGGUAUUUACCGUUGACCUAGAACUUUGAAAUUUGGCAAAUAAUAUUAUCUUACACUACAAGUACAAUUAAGAUAAAAACACAAUCAAAAAUUCGUUAAUUUUAUAUGGAACGUGGGCGUGUCUGACUCGCACUUGUGCGGUUUAUUUUGUCUUUUAAAUUCAAUAAGCUUCUUGGCUACAACCAAAUUAUUGUUGUUUUCAAAAAGGUAGCUACCUAUCAAUCUAGAAUGGCAGUGAGUGCGAUAUUAUGUUUUAAAAUUAUAUAAAAGGUUAAAUGUUUAUCUUUGGCAUAGAAUACAAAAAUAGUUCUAUGUGCACAUAGAAUUCUCACUGUAUGGUAAAUCCAACAUUUGACAGCGAAUUAAGGUAUAAUUAACUAUCGUAAUCGCUAUCGUAUCGCUAGAGCUAGAAUCUGUCUAAGCAGACACGUAUCACACGUCCACUCUGUACAUCACUUAUCCCUAGUUUAGAGAAUAGAAUAUUUACAUAUGUAAAGCAUUUUUUUGGCAAAAUACCCUAAAUAUAAAAUCAAGUUUACUUUAAGUCAUAAUAUGUACACUGGGCUCGAGUAACCGACUCAUUUUAACCACGCAUUCCUGGGAUAGUAAGGAGCGAAAAAUGUGUUUUGGUCAAAAAUAAUAGUGUUUGAUAAAAAAAAAACCGGCCAAGUGCGAGUCGGACACGCACAGGAAGGGUUCCGUACCAUUAUCUAUAAAAAUGGUCACCCAUCCAAGUACUGACCCCGCACGACGUUGCUUAACUUCGGUGAUGAAGGUGAGAACCUCGAGAUUGGAAAGAAAUAUUUAUUUUAUUCUGUUUUUAGUAUUUGUUGUUAUAGCGGCAACAGAAAUAGGUACAUAAUCUGUAGAAAUUUCAACUGGCUAUCACGGUUUGUGAGAUACAGCCUGGUGACAGACGGACGGACGGACGGACGAACGGACAGCGGAGUCUCAGUAAUAGGGUCCCGUUUGACCCUUUGGGUACGGACCCUAAAAACUAACAACGAAUAAGUAAAGUUUUUUUUAUUUUUAUAUACAGAACAAUGUUGCGAGUUUCCUUUAAUACUUUAAUGCCCGUCAGUAGGUAUAUGUAUGCCUGAACCAAGUCACAUAGUGCCCGUAGUGGCAGCACUGGCAGCGUCGUAACAUUCGCAACUAGAAAGGUGUUUUUCACUGCGUUAUUACAGAAAAAAAAAAUCACAAGUAUUGUCAUUAUCUGUAAAACAAGACCGGUUUCAGAAAACUGUAGUAAAGUAAGCAGUUGUGUAAGUGUUGGUAUAUAAAUAGAUAAUAUAUUUUUCAUAUCACAUAUUCGGAAAAAGGAAUAAUUUCUUCCCUGCUAGGAGGGACCAAAGUGACACUUUUUUAGACUAGGGUAAUAUUUUUAUUAUUCUUUGCAUUUCUUUUUUUUCUUUAAUAAUAUUUUGACACAUGAUAAUUUCCUGAAAGGAGACGUGUAAAGCAGUGUAUGUGUCACAUGAUACCACAAUUAUUUCCACCUUGGGCGUUAAUAUGUAAUUUAGCAACUGCAUAAUAAAUAAAUAAAUAAAUAUUUAUUUAUUUAUUAUAACCAUUAUUUGGUAUAAUGUUCAUUUGAUAUAUAAGCCAUAUUAUAUAAUUACCGAUCGGAUAUAUAUUUCAAAAGAUAUUCCAACGCUUUAUAUAAAAUAUAUUUAUUUUUGUGUGCAAA